AUGUUAACCAGUGAUGUCAUCCCAGAAGCAUUAUAUUGGAGGGCAACUACAACAUGCCCUCAUUGUCAAGCAAUGAUGUGGGAUGAGGAAAGAGUCAACAAAAGCCAAAAGAAACAACCACCAGAAUUUUCCAUUUGUUGUGGGAAAGGAGCUGUCAAAUUACCACUGCUUAAGGAGGCACCUGAAUUUCUGAAAAAACUAAUGCAAUAUGUAGAUGAUGGGCCGCAAGCAUCAAAUUUCAGACUAAACAUCAGGGCAUAUAAUUCAAUGUUUGCAUUUACCUCACAUGGUUCCAAAGUGUCCAAAGAACAGAACAAUGGUUCAGCGCCAUGGGUGUUUACAAUGUAUGGGCUUAAUCAUCACUUCAUUGGGUCUUUGUUGCCACUGGAUGGUAAGCCACCUGCAUUCUUACAACUGUACAUUAUAGACACUGAAAAUGAAGUCAAAAAUAGGAUGAAUGCUAUUACCAAUAAUAAAAAAAAUGAAAAACAGGAUGGAAAGUCAGGCGUUAAAUCUUCAAUGAUGGCCAUAGACGAAUAUGGAAAGAAAAGCACAAGGGGAUUGAAUGAAAACACUGUUGCUGGCUUAGUUACAAUGCUGGACGCACACAAUUGGCUAAGCCAAAAAUUCAGAAUGUGGAGGGAUAGGUACAGAGCAGAUGAACUAAGCGAUGUUGAAUUCCGUCUUAUUGGUACACGAAAAAGGGAUGCGAGGCAAUACAAUCUUCCAACUACAUCUGAAAUAGAUGGAAUUGUAGUUGAUGAUCCCGAUUCAGAUGGAAAAGGGGACAUAGUCAUACAGCUAAAAAAUGGUUUACUGAUAGAUAUAUCCGAGUUGCACCCAAGUUAUAUGGCAUUGCAAUUACAACAAAGAGCAGGUGAAGGUCAAACACUUCUCCGGGGAGGACGACUAUUCCAGCAGUAUGUGGUUGAUGCUUAUGCUACAAUUGAGCAAAACAGAUUGCAGUGGGUUAAAGGCCAUCAAAAAGAAAUACGUUGUGACUUAUACAACGGUAUAAAAGAAGUCGUAAGUGCUGGAGACACUAAACCUGGCAGCACAGGUCGAGUAAUCUUACCAUCAUCUUUCACAGGUGGGCCAAGAUAUAUGAUUCAGCAUUACCAGGAUGCAAUAGCCUUAUGCAGAGAGUUGGGACCCACUGACUUAUUUAUUACAUUCACAUGCAAUCGGAAUUGGCCAGAAAUUGCAGAAGCUAUCAAAAUGUUCCAUGGGCAAAAUCCAAGUGAGAGAUCAGACAUGAUCAGUCGCGUAUUUCACAUCAAACUGAAACAGUUAAUGUCGGACUUGGUUGGAAGCAGGCAUUUCGGAGAAGUGCAAGGAGCUCUCUAUACUGUUGAAUUUCAAAAACGAGGUUUACCUCAUGCUCAUAUAUUGUUGUGGCUUAAACCUGAGGAUAAGCCAAGAUCCGCAGCACAUAUUGAUUCAAUUAUAUCUGCAGAGAUUCCAAACCCAAAUGAAAACAAGGAUGCAUUUGAUGCAGUAUGCCAGUAUAUGCUCCACGGUCCCUGCGGACAUGCAAAACCUGACUCUACAUGUAUGCGCCGCAAAAAAUGCACAAAAAAAUUCCCAAAGAAAUAUAGUAACAAAACAUAUGUUGAUGAUACGGGAUUCGUAAUUUAUAAGAGACGACGGGCAGAUUGGGGACUGGAAAAGGACGGAAUCAAGUUAGAUGCAGGAUGGGUUGUGUCAUACAAUCUAGACUUGAUAAUGAGAUAUGAUGCACACAUCAAUGUUGAAAUCUGCAACUGUAGGGGUAUGACUAUUAAAUAUUUGUUCAAGUACAUCCACAAAGGAAAGGACAUGAUAACUGCAAGUGUUGCAGUAUUUCCACCUGGUAACAAAAAUUCAGACAACCAGGGUGCAAAUGACAAAAAUCCAAACAACAAUGGUGUUGUGGAAGAAAAACAAAAGACAAGUAAGGACGAGGUCAACACAUAUCUCGAGGGCCGAUACCUAUCAGGAUGUGAAUGUAUAUGGAGGACACUUGGUUUUGAAAUUCAUUACCGAAAUCCAAGUGUGGAGAGGUUGCCAUUACAUCUCGAAGGGGAACAGUUAGUGUACCACAACGAUACCAAUGAUUUGAGAGAUGUUCUAGACAAGGCAGAUCCGGAUGCAUCAAAAAUCAUUCAAUGGAUGCAAGCUAAUAGAAAUCAUGAAGAUGCAAGACAAUGGACAUAUGUAGAGUUUUCUAAGCAUUGGAGAUGGGACCAAGCGAAAAAACAUGGAAAGUAA